CUGGAUACCUGACUUGUUCUCAGCGUGUAGAUUUCACUGUUAGUAUUGUUACACGUAACCUUGACCCUUGGACCUAUCAGCGAAUUUACCACAUUUUUGAGCCGUGUGAUAAAACAUUUAAAUUUUCACACGCUGUUUUUCCGUAUUGUUAGAUCCGCUCCAGCGGUUACGCAUAAAGUGUUAAUACUCGGGUCCACGCCAUUUUGUAUGCUUCCCACGCCAACCAAGAAAGCCGGGAUUUGGCAGACGACAUGUAAACAACGAAUGGUAACUCUGGGAAAGAAACAUGCGGUCAGGAUUGUCCAAGUGGUCAAGAUGUAAGGCUUCACUGGGGUAAAACUGGCUGGAUAAAAGCUAAUAAGACAGUGGACAAAUGGACUGUACAGGCCACAGUUGAGGUGAUCAUACUUACCACGGAAUUAGAUUAUCUAAGUCCGUGGACUUAACAUGAUGCUGCAGUUGUACCGGAGCCCUAGUCUGUGGUCCGUCCUUGCUCUCUGCGCAUACGCACUGAACCUGUUGUUCCACGUGAUUGCCUACUGCUCUGACCAAUGGGCAACAUGUACAUUCAAGGGCAGGCACACAUGGUUCGGACUCUGGCAGGGAUGCUGGACUGAUGACGUCACUAAAGAAACAAUGUGUUCGAACAGCGUUUUCCAACACCCUUUUUUCAAUACAGGUAAACACACAGAUUGGCACAAAGGUGCCCAAGUUCUGAUGACUAUUUCCCUCAUCGUCUUGUUAUUCACGGAAGUCGUCCUCAUUGGUUACGCAUGCGUGGUGAAACUGGAAUCCCACAAACCCCGGAUGAUCGGAAUGCUGGUGGGGCUGUCUAUUUCCGAAGGGGCCUUCACGCUGGUCAGUCUGGAGCUGUACCGAAACGAAGCUCAAAUAUGCAUUACCGGCAUCGUCAUCCUGAUGAUAGGGACCGAAGUUGUGAUGCUGGAGAACGGGAAGCUGUCUUGGGGCUAUUGGAUAAAGUGUGCUGGCCUGUUUCUUAGCCUUGUCACGUUAAUUUUGGUGUACAAAGACAAAUACCAUUUCUUCGGAAGUAGAACUGAUUUGGUGACACACAGCGAAAAGGCUAGUGACAAAAACGACUUUGAUAAUCUGGCAUUUACUGAUCGGGGUUCGGACGAGUUUUCCGGUUCCGUGAUAACGUCAUCUAUUAGACUCUCGUCGAGUGGCGGCCUGGGAACCUUGGACAGAGUUUCUUCUCGUAGUUUAUCGUGUUCUGAUAUCGUCACAGGAACGUCAAAUGUCAAUUACGCCCAAGACUUGUGCCGGACAGCUUCAUCGAGGGGUCGCUUUGGUGGGUCGGCAGACAAUGUUGCCAGGACUUCUCAUGUUAUGAACUUCAAGGAUUCUAGACAGGCGAACACAUUCAGCACUGGAUUGGGGGGUUCGUGCGAUAGAAUUAUCGACAUAUCUCGUGUAAACUAUUUACAGGAGCCAACACGGAGAACUUCCGCGGACAGUCUAACAGCGAGAACCGGAUCUGUUAAUAUGAAUCCAAAUCAAAGUGAUGAAAUUACAGCUCAGAGACAGCAAAGAGAUGGUAACAAAUCUAGGAAUCAUCGUUUAUCUUCAAGUAGUUCAAUCGAAAGUGACGUAUGAUUACGUCAUUCGGACAUCAUCGUACUGGACGAAAGAUUGCUUUACAAAUAGUUCAUGGAACUUAUUUACGAACUUUAGUAACCUUCCAUAAAUUAAUCAACAGUUACAAUAAUACGGUCACUGUGACCUAGUUAAACUACUUGAUGAUAGCAAUAAUACAAUAUUUGACAGUUGUUUAUCGAAAAAUCUUCAUUUUUUUAUGGUUUGCUCAAUACAUAAAUAACGUUCAUAAUCAGAAAAGAUCAGUUACGUAUGUGUUGUUUUCAGUCUGCAUGUUAGCGCUACAGAUUUAGGGACGAUGUUGUCGGAGAAAUGCUGGUAAAUAUAGCAUUCAUCAAUUUAAUAUGAAUAUAUGCGAUGUGUUUUAUCAAAUUCAACAAUAAAUCGUAACUUUAAAUAACAAUACAAUGAGUUGUUUAAUUCAUGGAAAUUGUUAACAAAAUAAUAUAACCGACACUUAUAUAUAACGAGAAAGCUUCGUGACAUCCUUCGUUUCAUUUGCCACCUUACUUAUCGCCAGCGUUGUUCAUUUAAGCAUUGAACUGUUUUUGUAUAGUAUUUAUGAU